AUGAGUUAUGGAGAUAUUUAUUCGUAUUAUCCUGAAAAACUUUAUAACCCAGUAGGUCAUGAACGUCGUGAGUCAGAAAGUGAUGGAGCCUUUAGGCCAAGUUUUUUUCAAAAGUUUAAUCCACGUUUAGUAAAACAAAUAAUUCAAAGUAUUCUUAAAGAAAGAUUAGAAAAAGCUAUUUAUGAUAAAGAUCAAGCUCCUGGGUGGGCUCAUGAAAUAGCAGAAGGAAUUAAGGCAAAGUUAUUAGGUUUAGAUCUUAAUAGGUAUAAGUAUGUUGUUAAUGUUACUAUACUAGAAAAUAAAGGAGUCGGAGCUAGGAUGCAAAUUAAUGGUUUAUGGGACCCUAAUACUGACAAUUAUGCCCAAGAAAUCUUUAAAAAC